GUACUGGCCUCGAUAUCAGAUUGACUCACUCGUUUAAAUGACGUUUGACAGUGACUGUUUCAAAAGGAUAGGAUAAAGAAUUCUGCGCCAUUUUGCGCACCAUUGUUCUUGGGUGGGCAUAAUAAAUUGAGUUUUAUUGUCCUGACUGUAUUCGAUUACAGUCGGGUUACUAGUUUUCAAUCUCACAGAAGCGAGAGAAGAUCACGCUGCUGUCAGCAAUGGGUCGGACUGCUUUUUGUGUGCCUCUGGCAAUUCUAUUUUUAGCAAGUGUAAUUCCAUCAAAAGCACAAAGCGACGCGCCCGCGCCCGUCACCGCGCCCGCGCCCGCCGCCGCGCCCGCCUCCGCCUCCGCCCCCAGCGAGGACCUGCCCGAGCUGCUGUACGACGUCAGGGGAAACUUCUCCCUCCACUGCCAGCUGCCCAAUGACAACAGUCUCGCCUACGUUUGGAAGAAGAACGAGACCGACAUCGAGCAGGUGUGGGAGCUGAAGGACCGCUACCAGCUGGAGCGCGGCGGCGCCGAGUUCCGCGUGGCGCGCGCGUACGAGGACGACUUCGGCAACUACUCGUGCGCGCUCGCCGGCGCCGCGCGCGAGCAGCGCUGGGCCGUGCGCGGCCGCCCGCACCUCAAGCUGCCCGCCAACACCAACGUCGUCGAGGGGCAGAAGCUGAAGCUCGUGUGCAAGGUGGUGGGCAAGCCGUACUCGCGCGUCACCUGGGGCUACACCAACUCCUCCGAGCCCGACGCCAACUACACCGACGCCACGGAGGUGCUCGGCUCGCGCGCCUCGCUGGCCGACAGCGAGCAGGGCGUGCCCAACGGCGUGCUGCUGCUGGAGGAGGCGCAGCGCUCGGACGCGGGGCGCUACCGCUGCGGCGCGGCGGGCGCGCUGGCGCCGGCCGUCACCACGCUGCGCGUCAAGGACAUGUACGCCGCGCUUUGGCCCUUCCUCGGCAUCUGCGCCGAGGUCUUCGUGCUCUGCGCCAUCAUCCUCGUCUACGAGAAGCGCCGCACCAAGCCCGAGCUCGACGACUCGGACACCGACAACCACGACCAGAAGAAGUCGUAAGCGCGUCCCGCAGUGCGCAGAGGGAGCCGCGGCCGAGCGCCGCCGCCGCGACUCGCGAGAUUUUAAGUUUGUAACGAGUUUACCAAAAAGUUGUUUGUUAUUUAGUUGAAAUAGGCGAUCCGAAGGUUCGCCGACCGCCGACGUGUCCGCGACUCGUGACACUUGUACAUUCAUAAUUUCUAUUCAGAGUUUAUUUAAGUUAAUAUUAUUAUACUCUUUACUCGACACGAAUGUAGUUACAUUAAUAUACUAAUGCUUUUAUUACCUGCCGUUA